AUGACGACUUUCCUGAGUACUUGUCUCCUCUUGGUCAUCCUUUGCCCAGGUUUGGAUGCCUUGGAAGUAAGUACUGGUUUUGCUUCGCAGGAAGUGCCAGAGGUGGAAGGCACACAGGAGGUGGUCAUGGCAAAAGGGGAACUGCAAUGUGCAAUAACCCAAUUGAAAAGCUGUAAUAUCAAAAUAGGAGAAGGAGGAAGUUGCUUUUAUCAGCGUACUGAAACCAAUUUAAAUGGCUCUAAUGAGAUCGACACGAAUAAGGGUUGUUCUAAAGAUUGCAUCUCAGCAAAAUACUCCUUCUCUUCAGUAGAAAGAAAAUUCAUCCAGCGUAUCCACGAUUGCUGUAAAAUACUUUUGUGCAACAUGAAAGUACUUGGCAUGCCAGCGAGGAUGUUGAAUGGGCUGGUGUGCCCAAACCUUGGUGUAGCUGAAUCAGAAGUCUCUGAGGGUUCAAAUUUCAUUGAGUGUCACAACGAGGAGACUCGGUGCAUUGAAUUUGUUCUUGUUCAUGACAACAGUGAAGUUCCUGAUAAGGUCGUCAAAGGCUGUGCAACACCAAAUUUUUGUAAAUUGGCCAAGACAUCAGCACUUAACAAGUACUUUUCAGGCAUGAUAACACUAGCACGAUGCGGUGAAACUGUGGUUUCACCAAAGCAACUCAGCUUUUAAGCAUAGUUAGGAGAGAGCAAUGUCUUCUUCCUUUUGGAUUCCACUAUUUUCUGCAACAGUGGAAGUGGUGGUUGCUUCUCUGAACAUGGGAGUCCAGAGCAACUGGUAUUCACAGGACUCCUGAGGCUUCUAUUUGGUGAAUGGGAUGCAGGGAAUAGAAAACUAAAGUAGAAAUGUGGGGCUUUGGCUCAUGAAAACAUGGGA